GUGUCAUUCCCACUUCCGGAUAUGUGAUCACGCUGAUGGGGGUUGCAAGUUCCCAGAAAUCCCCAGCCAACAAUUGAACUCCAGACUUCUUAAAGCUGCCAAGGUUGAGAAUCUCUGGGUUGGAAGGAGAAAUCAAAAGCUCAUGGAUUUCACCACUGGAAUCUUUCUUCCGCUGCUUUUCGGUGGCGCAGGGGUCUUCGCUCUCUUACGAUUGGUCCGAAGAAUCCAGGCAAGGGCCUAUCUGAAGGACGCAGUAGUGGUGAUCACAGGAGCGACUUCUGGACUGGGGAAAGAAUGCGCCAAAGCUUUCCACGCUGCGGGAUCCCAAUUGGUGCUGUGUGGCCGAAGUGCGGAGAGGCUCCAGGGUGUUCUCCAGGAGUUAUCUGCUGCCGCUGACCCCCUCAAAAACGGCCACAAACAUCACACGAUGGUUUUUGAUCUCUCGGAUAUCAAAACGGUAGUGAGUGCUGCGAAGGAGAUUUUGAGCUGCGUGGAUCAUGUCGAUAUUUUAAUCAACAACGCUGGGAUCAGCUACCGGGGCAUCAUAACAGAGACCGCGAUCGAGGUGGACCGGAAAGUGAUGGAAACCAAUUAUUUUGGGCCGCUUGCUUUGACGAAAGCCCUCCUGCCUGCCAUGAUCAAGAGGAGGAAAGGGCACAUCGUCACCAUCAGCAGCGUGCAAGGCAAAAUCAGCAUUCCUUUCCGCUCGGCGUAUGCGGCCUCCAAGCACGCCACUCAAGCCUUUUUUGACUGUUUGCGAGCCGAAGUGGAGCAGUUCAACAUCGAAGUGACGGUUGUCAGUCCCGGCUACAUCCAGACCAACCUUUCGCUCAACGCCGUCACGUCAGACGGGUCCCAGUACGGAGUGCUGGACAAGACCAUCAGUGAAGGCAAGACAGCCGCAGAUGUGGCUCGACUGGUCCUGAACGCCGUGGGGGAGAAGAAAAAGGAAGUUUUAGUGGCGCCUGGUUUUCUGGCUGCCCUGGCGAUCUACCUCCGACCGUUCUUCCCUACCGUCUUCUUCGCCCUCAUGGCCAGGAGAGCUCGGAAGGAGAAGAAAGACAAGGAAUCCAAGCCCCCCCCCCCCCCCCCCCCCCCAUAGACUUCGCCCCUGUCAAAGUGUGGACCGAAGCUGCUAGGUAUCUUAACAUCAGUGGAGAGCUGCAGGAGCUGAACAUUUUCAUCCUUCGGUGCACUUAAGAGGCGGAUUUUUUGUCUAGAGAUGAGAAGCUUCUCCCACGCAAAGUUUUCAGGCUCUAACAUUUUCUGUAUAUAAUUUCAAGGGUUAAUGCUUAGCCAGUUCACGGCAGAUUUAGGGAACGGAAGGUGGCUGGCUGAUGUGCUGUUUUCCCGCUCGGUGGACCUUCAGAAGACAACAUGCCAUUAAUAGCUGGAUAUUUUGAGUUGUUCUUCUCACCUGUUUUCCAAACUUAUCUUUUACACUUCUCUUUUGUAAAUAGGAGAGGGCAAAAAACAUGAGUCGUUCCCCAUAGGUACCGUGUUUCCCCCCCAAAAAAUAAAGACCCACUCAGAAAAAAAUAAACCCUGGCAAUGAUUUUUCAGGAUGCUCGUAAUAUAAGCCCUAUCCCAGAAAUAAGCCCCCGUUAAGAUCAUCAGGGAUUUUAACAGGGAUCAAGGGACGUGGUGGCUAUAGUGGCUAAGACUAAGCUUGUCGAUCAGAAAGGUUGGCAGUUCAGCGGUUCGAAUCCCUGGCGCCGCGGAACAGGAUGAGCUCCCGUGACUUGUCCCGGCUUCUGCCAACCUAGCAGUUCGAAAGCAUAUUAAAAAAUGCAAGUAGAAAAAUAGGGACCAUCUUUGGUGGGAAGGGAACAGCGUUCCGUGCGCCUUUGGCGUUAAAUCAUGCCGGUCACAUGACCACGGAGACUUCUUCAGACAGCGCUGGCUCCUCGGCUUUGAAAUGGAGAUGAUCACUGCCCCCUAGAGUCGGGAACGACUAGCACGUAUCUGCGAGAGGAACUUUUACCUUUAAGAUCAUCAACCAGACGGACGCAUUUAAUGCCAUGUUUCCCUGAAAAUAAGACUAACUGGAAAAUAAUCCCUAAUAAUGCGUCUUUUGGAGCAAAAAUUAAUAUAUGACCUGGUCUUAUUUUCAGGGAAACACAGUAUUAAAAUAUUCCAAGUUAAAGAAAAUGGUGGAGAUGCCAUUUAUGGGAGAGUUACAGGUCUUUAGUAUAUAAGAUAGAGAAACUACUUCAUAUAUCUCGUUAAACUACAAUGGGGUUUUUUCUUUUGACUGGUCUGGUGUGCCAGCGUGGCCCAGGCUUCAAUAAACCAUGGCUUAGCAUGACAUGCAAAACUAAGGUUUAUGUAUUUGUCUCUCUUAAAAGAUCUCAAAAAGUUUGGACAGUGGCGAAAUCUGCAGUGAGUUACGACCGUCACAGCAUUCCCGUAGUCGUGGGAUUUACAUUCUGAUGCUUGGCUGACUUACUGACUUACAUUUAUGACAGUUGCAGUGUCCCAUAGUCGUAAGUCGAGGACCACCUGUUACAUGCUGGUUACCAAGCGCCCCAAUUUUUGUCAUAUGACCAUGGGGAUGUGGCGAUGAUUAAGUCCCCUUUUUUCAGCGCCGUCGUAACUUCUCACUUGCUAAACAAACGGCUGCAAGUUGAGGACUUUUGUACUCUUAACUUUAGCAGUUUUCAAACGGCUAAGUUUUGCCUUUUCUACUCUAACCUUAGCAGUUUUCAAUCAGCCGAAACCUCAAACCGAGCUCGCCCCUCCGAAAUGCAAAUUAUUUCAACGUUAAAUCCAUUCAUGGCCUCAUCUGCUGGCUUCCCUGCUCCUCAGAUCCAGACCCUUUCGUAACAUCUGCUUGUGCAUUCUGGGGGAAAUAAAAUUUAUAUGGCUAUAAAUAACAGAA